AUGACAUCAACAUGGGUUCCGGACGUAUCUCCCGAUAGUCCAUUUUCGCUAGCUAAUAUCCCCUUCGGCAUCAUUAGCUCGCCGGCCAACCCCGCGCCGCAUGUCGCUAUCGCCAUCGGAUCACAAGUGCUUGAUCUAAAGGUCUUGUCUGCAUAUCCGGACUUUGAUGAUAUCUUCCCUGCAUUGAAGAAUUACCCCGGCAUCUUCUCAAACUCCACACUAAACGAAUUUGCAGCGCUGGGCCGACCGGUCCAUCGAGAAGUCCGUAGGACUAUUCAGGACCUCUUAUCAACCGAGACAUCAAGGCCGGAAAUCUUAAAAGAUAAUUUGGGACUUCGACAAGAUGCGGUACUUCCUCAGCAGAAAGUCAAGAUGCAUCUACCUAUGAGUAUUGGCGAUUACACAGAUUUCUAUGCCGGAUUCCACCAUGCGUAUUAUGUUGGUGCCUUAUUCCGCGGGCCUCAGGCGGCUCUACAGCCGAAUUACACCCAUCUCCCGGUCGGCUACCACGGGCGAGCUUCUAGUAUUAUUGUUUCAGGCACGCCGAUUAAGCGACCCUUUGGCCAGAUUAUUACUGAUCCAACGGCGGAGCCAAAACACCCUACUACAGCUCCCUCACGACGCCUAGAUAUUGAGUUAGAACUAGGAUGCUUUAUAUCAAUCCCAAAUGAGAUGGGUUCUCCGAUCAAAGUCACCAACGCUGAAGAUCACAUUUUCGGAUAUGUAUUGUUAAACGACUGGAGUGCACGCGACAUUCAGACGUGGGAGUAUGUUCCGUUGGGUCCCUUUAACGGGAAGAAUUUCGCCACAACUAUCAGCCCUUGGAUUGUCCUAGCAGAUGCUCUUGAGCCAUUCCGGACUAAGCCGAUUGACAACUGGACACCAUUACAGGGUUACUUGAAUGAAGGCAAAGAGGAGAAUAUAUUCGGAAUCGAGCUACAAGUUGAUUUAGAGACACCACAGGGUGACUCGACGAGGAUAUGCACAACAAGUUCGAAAUACCUCAUAUGGUCGUUUCCGCAGAUGAUUGCGCACCACACGCUAGGUGGCUGCCCGCUAAGAACGGGGGAUCUUCUCGGCUCCGGGACGAUAAGCGGGCCUUCUCAAGGCGAAAGGGGGAGCUUUUUAGAGCUAAGCGAGGGAGGAAGGAAAGAUAUCAUGCUUCAAGGUAUGGAUGUCCGUCGAUUCUUGAAGGAUGGUGACAGGAUUACUAUUCAGGGGAUCUGUGGAGAGCCAGGCCGGAGAGUCGGCUUUGGUGAGUGUACUGGUCAAAUAUUAGGAGCAACGCCACAAUAA